AAUAUAUUAGUCUAUUUUUCAAAGAGUCAGCAAGGGCAGACAAAGGAGCGAGUGGGUAGCGAUAACGAAAGUCGAUCUUAAUCUCUGUUAUUCAUCAGUUGCUUGAGCUAUGGGGAAGAGGAAGUCGAAAUCCAAGCCGCCUCCAAAGAAGAGAAUGGACAAACUCGACACUGUCUUCAGCUGUCCUUUCUGUAGCCAUGGCACCAGCGUUGAAUGUCGCAUUGAUAUGAAGAACUUGAUUGGGGAGGCAAAUUGCAGGAUUUGUCAAGAGAGCUUCAGCACCACUGUGACGGCUCUGACAGAGCCCAUUGACAUAUACAGUGAAUGGAUUGACGAGUGCGAACGUGUGAACAACCUCGAAGACGAUGAUGGUUCUUAAGUUCUAGUGACUGUCUGUUACAUUUGUGUAGACAGUAGCCUGAGAUGAUCUAAAGCUGACUUUAAGCUUUGAUAUCAGUUCUGUUGAUAUUUCUAUGUUACGCUACUUAAGUUGUACCUAAAAUUACGAAAGCCUCUUGGGUUCGAUAAAUAAGUUCCAUGUGUGACAGGCUUUCUAUGUUCAAAUAGUUUCAAAUAGAUGUGUUUGUUAUCUUGUAUAA